GGGGGGGGGGAGGGGAGCGGAGCAGCCGCGGAGCCGCCGCCGCCGCCGGGGGCACCUCAGCGGCUCAUCCCAGCGCUCGGGACCCGCUUCAACUCCGCCGGGAAGUACCUCCGCGGUCCCCUCCUUGGUGAGGGGAGCGGGGAGGCCGGUACGAAGCGGCCCAGUUUGCCGGGGUCCCCUCACCAUGUCCGGGCGCGGCCACAACAAGCUGCCGACCACCGAGCGCAUCGUCAAGGCUGUCCCGUUUCCUCCCACGCAGCGGCUCACUCUGAAGGAGGUGUUUGAGGAUGGGAAGCCUAGGCUUGACGUCUUGAAGAGCCACUUGGUAAAGGAAGGGCGCCUGGAAGAGGAUGCGGCGCUGAAGAUCAUCAACGAUGGGGCUGCCAUCCUUAGGCAUGAGAAGACAAUGAUUGAAGUGGAGGCUCCGAUCACAGUGUGCGGUGACAUUCAUGGGCAGUUUUUUGACCUGAUGAAGUUGUUUGAAGUUGGAGGAUCACCCAAUAACACCCGCUACCUCUUCCUGGGAGACUACGUGGACAGAGGCUACUUCAGUAUAGAGUGUGUGCUGUAUUUAUGGAGUUUAAAGAUAAAUCAUCCCAAAACAUUGUUCCUCCUUCGAGGGAACCAUGAGUGCAGGCACCUCACAGAAUACUUCACCUUUAAGCAGGAAUGUCGAAUCAAGUAUUCGGAGCGAGUGUAUGAUGCGUGUAUGGAUACAUUUGACUGUCUUCCUCUUGCUGCCCUCUUAAACCAGCAAUUUCUGUGUGUUCAUGGAGGACUGUCUCCAGAAAUCACGUGUCUAGAUGACAUUAGGAAAUUAGACAGGUUUAAGGAGCCUCCAGCCUUUGGUCCAAUGUGUGACCUGCUCUGGUCCGAUCCAUCAGAGGAUUACGGCAAUGAGAAAACGCUGGAGCAUUUUGCCCACAACACUGUUCGAGGCUGCUCCUAUUUCUACAGUUAUCCUGCAGUUUGUGAAUUUUUGCAGAACAAUAGUUUGUUAUCCGUAAUCCGAGCUCACGAAGCCCAGGAUGCUGGGUACCGAAUGUACAGGAAGAGCCAGACAACAGGCUUUCCAUCAUUAAUCACAAUCUUCUCUGCACCAAAUUACCUAGAUGUCUAUAACAACAAGGCUGCUGUACUGAAAUAUGAAAACAAUGUCAUGAACAUCAGGCAGUUCAACUGUUCCCCUCAUCCGUACUGGCUUCCAAACUUCAUGGAUGUCUUCACAUGGUCUUUGCCUUUUGUAGGUGAAAAGGUCACAGAAAUGCUCGUUAACAUCCUCAACAUAUGCUCCGAUGAUGAGUUGAUUUCAGAUGGUGAUGAGACAUUGGAAGAUCACUACAUUUCAAGCUAUCAGAAAGGUGGGACAACAGUCCGUAAAGAGAUCAUCAGGAAUAAGAUUAGAGCCAUUGGGAAGAUGGCACGUGUCUUCUCAGUCCUUCGAGAGGAGAGCGAGAGCGUGCUGACUCUCAAAGGCCUGACUCCCACAGGUACACUGCCCCUGGGAGUGCUCUCAGGGGGGAGGCAGACCCUACAGACUGCCACAGUAGAAGCGGUAGAGGCACGGGAAGCCAUUCGUGGAUUUUCACCGCAGCACAAGAUCCGCAGCUUCGAAGAAGCCAGAGGGCUGGAUCGCAUUAACGAACGCAUGCCGCCACGCAAAGAUUCAAUGCACUCAGACGGGCCGGUGAACUUGGUAACCUCAACAAACUCUGCGGACAAGAAUGGCACAGGGAAGAAAGCCCAGUAACGGUCCGAGCGCCCAAUCUGCACCACUAAAGGAUCCAAAACUUAAUGAAUUUUAUUUAUUUAUUAUUGGGGUGGGGUGGGGGCAGGGGAGAAACCAACUUCACCUGGAGGCACGUUCAUAAUCCAGUUUGCAUCCAUUCUGUAAGAAAGGUGACCAUUUUGUAAUUUUUUUAUUUAUGUUCAAUAUAUAAAAAGUCCAUCUUUUUUUAAUUUAGAAACCAAUCUAACUGCUAGUGCAUAUAUGAAGUGUUGUGCUGUACAGCUGACCUCUCCUCCACGAGAGGCAAACCUCUGUGGGGGGAUUAAAAGAAACAAAAACAG